CCCCAGUGUGGGAGGGCUCGGGGGCGCCGGGGGGCGUGGGUGCCCGUCGCGCCCCUGUAGAGAGGAUUAUCAAUAUUCGGUUUGAGGAUGGCCCGGCGGAGACUGACGAGGCGGAGAUGACCUUUGCCCCGAGACAACAACAACAACAACAACAGCAGCAGCAGCAACAACAACAACAACAACAGCUGCAUUCCAGAAGGUGGGAUGAACCUCAAGUGAACAUAACUAGCUGGAGCGAUCGACCGCAGCCCUCUCAAGACCCCCCAACAUUCACCCCUCCCACAGCCACCCCAGGGCCCUCAGUGUCACCCCAGCCAGUGUACACCCCCGUACAGCCCCAGCGCACCUCCCCCAGGCCGCAGGGUCCCCGGGGGUACACCAAACCCGUGGAAAAUGAAGCAAAUGUGACAAGGCAGUGGCCACCAACUUCCUCCUCUGCCGUGGGGUCUGCUAAUCUUGCUUCUCCUGCUGCCUCUGCUGACUCGCCGGCCGCCACACCCGCACAGCAGCAGUACCAGACCCUCCCCCCGAGCAGAAGCAGCAGUUUGCCCAGUUCAUGCAGCAGCAGAGGCAGCAGACAUGGCCUCCACCGCAGCAGCAGUCCCAGCAGGCGUUCUACCAGCCACAGCCAAUCUCCGAAGAGCAGAAGCAGGUCUUCCAGCUGUCACAGCAACCACAGCCCCAGUACCAGCCACAGCAAUCCUUCCAGCCACAGCAGAUGACACAGCAAGCCACCUGGCCCCCAAAACAGCUCUCCCCACAGCCUGUGCAGCCUAAACAGCCCUCCCCGCAGCCUGUUCAGCCUAUCCCACAGCCUGUUCAGCCUAUCCCACAGCCUGUUCAGCCUACCCCACAGCCUGUACAGCCUACCCCACAGCCUGUACAGCAAACGUGGCCCCCAAAACAGCCCUCCCCGCAGCCCAGGCCACCACAGCAGCCACAGCAGAGCCAGACACAGCCAGAUAGGGCCACUUUUUGGAAGGAAUUGGAAGACAGAAGACAGAAUUUGGGGUUAGGACAGGAGGAGGGGGGCAGGAGGAGCCCUCACGACCCCCCCGCAGAGGGUCACGCCAGGAUUCCCCCCCACAGGACCCACAGCGGCCACAGCACUUCUACAAUGGGGAGAACACAGCGCCAAAUACCGCAGGGCCACGUUACACCUCUGUGGUAACCGUCGCAGCAGACCAAGAUGCUGGGGACGCUGGCAGGGACAAGGUGCGAUCGGUGGUGCAGCUGAAUGCCGAACAGCCCUCCCUACCACAGCAGACCGCACCACAGGGCCCACCACAGCCACAGCAGCCAAGACAGGCCCCGGUUGUGAGAGGAUUCCGGCAGCCGGGAGAAGAGAGCAUCAUGUCAGGUCAAACAAACCUCUACCGUUCAUCCGUUUCACCGCCAACCGGACCAAACGGGGCUGAGACUGGUAGACCAAUGCCUGCCACAUCCACCCAGGGAGCUGCCACAUCCGCCACACCACCACAGCGGGCAUCACCGCAGCGAACAUCACCAGUAUCCAACCAAGGCCGUGGUCAGACUCGCACCUCGCCACCAAAAGAAAUUCAAUCCCAGGCCUUUUCUACCGCUCCUACCGCAGCUGCACCACCUCCGCCACCUCCGCCAGCGCCUCCUAUGGCCCCUCCACCCCCGCCAGCCCCCACGAUGCCACAGGGGGAGAGGAGGACAUCCACAGGGAAGAAAAUAAUGUCACCCAAGACAGGACCGGAACUCGAUGCAAGGGAGGAGUUGAUGAUGGCUAUUAGAAGUCAUGGUGGGAUGAAAUCGCUCAGAAAAACACAUCCGCCAUUCUAAAGGUCACUCAGACAGACGGAUGACCCCAUUUGACCUCGUUUGACCCCGUUUGACCCUGUUUCACCUGGUUUGAUGCCUUUUAGGUCAGUUUGUGGCUGUUUAAGGUCAUUUGGGUGGGUAUCAUUUUUUUUUGUUUUGUUUCUUUCUUUCUUUUCGUUUUCUUUCUUCUUCUCUUCCUCUUUCUCCUUUUUUUCUUGUCUCUCUCUUCCUCUUCCUCUUCCUCUUCCUCUUCCUCCUCCUCUUCUUCCUUUUCCUAAGCAGAGCAGAUGAAACAGACAAACAAACACAAACAAACAAACGUACAUGAUAAUUUUUUUUCACGUUGAAGAAAAAUAAAUUAAAAGAAAUGAAAAAAAAAUACGGAAAGAUGUGGAAAGAAAUGAAGUUCUGUGAAAAAUUUGAAGCAAGUGAAAAUAUCGACGAAAAUAAAAAAAAUUAAUCGAUUUUUCCGCGUAAACUUCGAAAAGAAAUAUUUAAAAAAACUUAUUGCGAAUUUUGAAGCUCAGGGCCAAAAAAAAAUAAUAAGACGAUGGAUAUUUUGAAAAACUCGACUCAAAAAUGUUGACGUGAAUUUUUAAAGACUUAAUGAAACUUUUGUGUGUAGAAUCUUAAAAGAAAUAAUAAAUAAAUAAAUAAAUAAAUAAACAAAUAAUAAUAAUAAUGAUAAUAAUAAUAAUAAUAAUAAUGAAAAUAAUUGAUGUUCACGUUGAUUUUGAAGCGCAUGUCAAAAAAAUAUGUAAAUUUUUGAAAAGCAAUUUAAAUUAUUGACAUUUUGAAUUUUUAAAGGACUCAAAUUUCAUACUUUUCUUGUAAAUCUUGAAAAAGAAAGAAAAUAAAUAAAUAAAAAGAAAAAGAAGGAAAUAAACAUCAAAUUUCGCUCACAAAAUUUGAAAAUCCGGUCAAACUUCCGUGAAAAAUUUUGAAAAACGCACCAAAAUAUUGACGUCAAAUUUGAAGAGAUUGGUAAACUUUUUCCUUAUAAAUCUUCAAUAAAAAAAAAUAAAAAAAACAUCAAUUUUCAUCCACAGAAUUUGAAACUCUGGUCAAACUCUUAUGAAAACUUUGAAAAACCUCAAAAUAUCAACACCAAAUUUUGAAUAACUGAAAAAAAAUUGAAAAAAACGAAAAAAAACAUCAAUUUUUCACCCGCGAACUUGGUCAAACUCAAGAAAAUUAUGAAAAACGCACCAGAACAAUUUUGAAAACAGAAAAAAAAAAUAAAAAAACGAAAAAAAAACUAAUUUCACUCGUUAAUUUUAAAACUCAGGUCAAACUUUUACCAAAACUUGAAAGAAAAAAAACGAAAAAAAAAAAAAUUCCACUCGCUAAUUUUGAAACUCCCUGAUGUACGAUUCACACUCAAUUCCCACAAUGCUCAGCGCGCACAUGACCUAUGUACGCCAAGCUGACGCGCUCAUGUGUACGUGUGGUAACUCAAUACGUACACACAGUCUAUAGAAGUUAGAAUACACACACAUAUGUAUAUCUUGUAUGUGCGUGUGUGCGUGUGUGUGUGUGCGUGUGUAUGUAUGUUGGACGCUCACGUGACACGAAGGGAUAUGCGUACAUGAUAUAAAAACGUACACACACACACACACACACAAACAAACAAACAAACAAAUUAACUUACCUUUAAAGAGAAAGAAAAAAAAAACAAUUAAUUUUUUCCCUCGUAAAAAAAAAAAAACUUAAAUAUUUUCCCUAAUUUUCCUGACUUUUCCCAGAAUUCUAAACUGUACACACACAAACACACACACAAACACGAAAAUACUUAACACAGCCCAAAACACACACACAAACACACACAUAGCUAUCAGUACACACACAAACACACGCACAAACACGCAAACACUUAACACAGCCCAAAACACACACACAAACACACACAUAGCUAUCAGUACACACACAAACACACGCACAAACACGAAAAUACUUAACACAACCCAAAACACACACACAAACACACACAUAGCUAUCAGUACACACACAAACACACACACAAACCUAUUAGUAUACGUGAUAAUACACCUUUUCUUAUGGACACUAAUAUACAGUUAUACAAUUAUACAUACACACAACAGCUUCCACUAUACAUGUUAAUAUAAGUAUGAAUAAUUGUCAAUAAAGGUAUAUACGUUAAUUUAUAGUAUACAGUAUUUUUUAAUUGUUAAUAUAAAUAUACAUUGAAAUAUACAUACAUAUACAUACAUAUAUAAGCUGAAUAUAUUCGUACACGGACAUGGAGUUUAUACACACAUACGUACAUACAUACAUACAUACAUACAUACAUACAUACAUACACCCCUCAAAUACACACACACAAAAAAAAAACACUGUAUUUUAUUAUUUAUACAAGAAAAAAACGUACAUAGCUUUCAACACACACACACACACACACACACACACACACACACACACACACACACACACACACACACACACACACACACACACACACACACACACACACACACACACACACACACACACACACA